GGUAACCAUAAAAAAGUUUUUAGUCUCUCUUACAAAACUCAUGAAAAAACAAAUCGGAGGUAUGUCACAUCAGUGACUAUAUCCAGGGAAUGUCUAAAAAAUAUACUUUGAUGUCCCAAGAACCAAAUAUAACCUUUAUAUAUAUACAGGGUGUAACAAAAAUACAGGUCAUAAAUUUAAUCACAUAUCCUGGGACCAAAAAUAGUUUGAUUGGACCUAACUUACCUUAGUACAAAUGUGCACAAAAGAAAAGUUACAGCCCUUUGAAGUUAUAUAUUAAUAGCACCAAGGGCCUUAGAGGCCCAUGGCUUGAAAAGUUUGUUUUUUCUUCAUUUUCACGUUUCUUUAUGUACUGAGAUCUUCUCUGGCUUGAUAUGUGAUUUUUCUCCAUUCCUUCCUCUUAUUCAUUUUUCUUUUCUGACCCUGUAACACCAUUCUUUCCAAAUCUUUUUCGACCUCUUGCUUCCAUCUAUUUUCCGGUCUUCCUCUUCUCUUUCUUGAAGCUAUAGUGUAGUUUAGUACCCUUUUCGGAGUCCUCGUUUUUGGCAUCCUUUCAAUGUGACCUCGUGAUCUAAGUCUCUGUGCCUUUAUCACUCAUUUGAAGUUACAAAAUGAAAAGUGAUUUUUUCCAAUGUAUCGAAAACAAUGUGCUUUUGUGCACGUUUCAAUUUAAUUAUUAUUGUAGUACCUACCAUUUAAACAACGUUUUAAAAACUUUUUUGCCUCUUAUUGCUUUUUCGAAAAGUCAAUUUUUAUCGAAAUAUUGUGAAUAUUUGUCAAAUCCACCACAUAUUUGUAUAUGGUUAAGUACGAUUAUGGAGACUUGGUAAUAAUAUGCAAACUUAUUUCGAUGGCUUAGAGCCAUAGUGACGUAACUACAAAAUUGGCGAAAUCGAGUUAAGAUAGCCAAAAGUAUGUCUAAGGUGUUCUAAUUUAGUGCCAAAGAAACGGAACAGCUACUAUCAAUAUUUAAGAAGAUGGCAUUAUGCGUAAGUACAAAAAAACAUUUUUGUUUUGGCCCAUAGUAAAGUAAGAGCGCUUACGUUAUUUGGGCUAAUAAAUAAAUAUUUUAAAGUAAACUCGUAACAGGCGAUACGUUCUUUUGGCACUAACCGUCCGUUAUAAAUGUUGACCUUGCGACGCAGUUCUAACCUAUAAAUUGCUUGUAGUUAUAAACUAUUGUGUGCUGUUUAAGGUAUUGUUUUUAAAAAUGUGCGCUUAAUUAUUUACUUUCUAAUAAAUUACAUAAUACCUAUCAAUAAAUAUGUCUAGGGGAAAAAAGUUAGUGGAUAUGGUUCGCGAAAAUCGUAAGUACAAUUCAUAAUAUACCUAAUUACAAUAAUAACAACUAUUGUAUAUUUUAAACUAUUCUUGUAUCUUUAAAUUGUGAUGCUUUAAAAGCUUUUCUCAUUUUGUAUUUUAUACAGAAUGUACAAAAUCAUAGUGUCACUUAUUAUAUUUUUAGAAAAAACUCUUCUAAUUGAAGGUAAUAUAGAAAACAGUAAUGAAGACUUAGGCCAAUUUCAAGUAUUUUCCACGGUUUUAUCUGAGAGUAGUACUUUGUUAGAGCUUAAACAUUCCAGUCCGUCCAUAUUAGUAGACAGCUACGAAAAUGCUCAAUCUAUUGAUUUCAAUAAUAGACGUCAUAUUACUGCAGAAUCUGAAAUAAACACUGAUGGUUAUAUCACCAUUGAAGCUGAACCUACAACAACUGAUGAUGGUACCUUUAAAGAUUACACUGAGGAUACCAUAAAUUCUGAUGAUUCUAUAGCUGAUCCAGAUUUUAAUCCUAUCAGCUCAGACUCAGAUGAUAAUGAAAAUAAUGAAAUUAUGGAAACGGAUAAUAUAGAUAACGCAGAAUCAUUGCCAAUACUCUCUGGGGAACAAAGAAAAAGAAGAAGAGUUGCUAAUCCUACAGAAUCUGAAAUAAACACUGAUGGUUAUAUCACCAUUGAAGCUGAACCUACAACAACUGAUGAUGGUACCUUUAAAAAUUACACUGAGGAUACCAUAAAUUCUGAUGCCAUAGAAUCUACCAGCUCAGACAUAGAUGAUAAUGAAAAUAAUGAAAUUAUGGAAACGGAUAAUAUAGAUAACGCAGAAUCAUUGCCAAUACUCUCUGGGGAACAAAGAAAAAGAAGAAGAGUUGCUGAUCCUACAAUGUGGAAAAAAAAUCAAAGAACAACAAAAAGACAAAAAGGUGAAGCCUAUAUUUCUGUUCGUGGUAAAAAAGUGCCUGAGAAAAGAGUGAAGGAGAAAGACUGCAGUAAAUGCCCAAAAAAAUGUAGUACAAAUUUUAAUCCAGAAACGAGAGACGAACUUCAUAGAGCUUUUUGGCAUAUUGCGAAUAUUGAAAAACAGCGUCAAUAUAUCAGCUCAUUGAUAGACAUUAUUAAGAAAAAAUCGAAACGAACUGAAGCAGAAGUAUCUAGACGACAUAACACCGUCAUAUACAGUUUAGUUAAAGAAGGGAAAAAAAUUUCAGUAUGUCAAGGAUUUUUUCUUAAAACUUUAGACAUAUCUGAAACUUUUGUAAGGAGAAUUCUGUCGAAACGCACUCAGGAAAAUAUAGUACAAUCUGACAAAAGAGGUCAUCACAUACCUGCAAAUAAACGUCCUGAAAUUGCUAAACAGAAUAUUAUUGAUCACAUAAAUUUAUUUCCUCGAGUACCGUCUCAUUACUGCCGAAAAGAUACCGGUAAGCAAUAUCUGGCAUCCGACUUAAAUGUUCAAAUAAUGUACGACCUCUAUAAAGAAGACUGCUUAAAUAAAAAAAUUAAUCCAGAAAAGCUGUGGUAUUACAGAAAUAUUUUUAAUACGGAGUGUAACUUGUCAUUUCAUACUCCCAGAAAGGACUUGUGCGACAAAUGUUUCGCAUUUGAUCACUUGCCAGCAAACGAACAAGCCAAAAAACAGAGUGAGCAUGAAAGCCAUUUAAAAAGAAAAACAUUAGCCAGAAAUAUGAAGAAUUCCAUAAAAGAAAAGGCACUUGCUGGUGAUUGUUCCUUAGCUGAAUUCGACCUAGAAGCAGUACGCUAUUGCCCAAAGACUAAUGCAAAAAAACUUUUUUACAAACGUAGAUUAGCUGUCUAUAAUUUAACAGUUUUUAAUGUUGCUUCCAAAGAGGCCUAUAAUUAUGUUUGGCAUGAAGGAAUGGCUAAACGCGGUUCAGUCGAGAUUGCUUCAUGCAUCUGGAAACAUUUGUCUGAAAAUCAGCUGCACAGUGAACAUAAUUUUUUUUCAGACACGUGCAGUGGACAAAAUCGAAAUGUUAAUAUGGUUUCAAUGUUUCUCUAUGCCGUUAAAAAUUUAGAGAGUGUUUUUAUAAUUAACCACUUCUUUUUUGAGCCUGGCCAUUCCAUGAUGGAAUGUGAUUCUGUCCAUGCGCACAUAGAAAAAAAAAGUCGAAAUGUAGAUAUUUUUGAUCCAUCUGGUUGGUAUGCGGUUAUAAGAACAGCAUCCCGAAAUUUAAAGUACAGGGUAAUUGAAAUGGAUCAGACAAAGUUUUUCGAUUUUAAUAGUUUAACACAGAAAACUAUACGUAAUAAAAAAAUAGAUACAAAUGGCAACAAAAUAAAUUGGCUUAAAGUCGUUUGGUUUCAGUUUAAAAAAGAAAGCCCAAACACAGUUUUUUUUAAAUACGAAAUGGAUUCAGAAGCUUUCCUAGAAUUUGAUAUUUCAAUUAACAUUUCCGUAAGACGAAGCGUACGUAGAGAACAAAAAGAACAAUUUGAUCUGGAAAGAAUGUAUACAAGUACCAUGGCUAUCUCCUCGGAAAAACAUAAAAAUCUUAUGGAGCUUUGUCAAGAUGUUAUUCCCAAAACAUAUCAUGCUUUUUAUGCUUCUUUAAACGAGUGUCAUGGAACAGAUGGGAACGAAAACAUAUCCGAUCAAGAAGAUAGUGAUUAAUAUUAAUUUUUUUUAUAUUUUUUAGUAUUUGGAUUAAUAAAUACUGUUUAUUUUU